UCUUUUUAAAAACAAAGUUUUAAGUUUUGUUGAGGCCGAAAAUUGGAAAUUGUGGAAUCCUGUGUGAUUUUACAACUUAAUUCUCAUUGUCUAACUUAUUUAUUCGUAUUGCUACAGCAUGAAUUUAUUAUAAACAAGGCAUUUAUAGGGGUUGGCAAUACUGCUGUAUAUUUUGUUUGAAAGAAUCAAAAUAUUUUGGCAUGUCUUUUUAAAAACGAAAUUUUAAGUUUUGUUGAUGUUGAAAACUGCAAAUUGUCGACUGAGAUAUGUCUUCAACUUCUAUCGAAAAAUCUUCAACCCAAACUAGGAUGAAUUCAACAAAUUUAUAUGUAACAACAACCCAAAUAAUACUAAAAUCGGAUCCCGCAAAUCCACAGUCCUGGCAGGAUUUGUACAGGCUGGUUCCUUAUCUGCGAAACUCGUUGUGUUGCGUCGUGUGUUCGAUGCUAUUAGUCGAACCUUUAACUCCUAGUAAAGCUCAGUGUCAACAUCAUUUAUGUAGACGGUGUAAAGGAGGCCGGAAAAAGAUAAAACCGCAAUGCGAAAGCUGUAAGGAUUGCACAGAGUACACCGAAAAUAAAAGUUUAAGGAUACUGAUGCAAAUGUACAAGAAAAUGUGUGUAAACCUUAUUAACUCGCGAAUUUUUAAAUGUAUUACCAUUCAAUCCAGUCAGCCCGGUACGGGAUUUGAGAGGGGAGCAAGUAAUUUGAUUCAAUUAAUCAAAGAAGGAGCAAUGUUCCAGGAUGAUUAUGAGAGCAAAGGGGGAAUCCCUAAGUCGACGUAUUCAAUUCUACCGUGUAUAUAUACGAACACGGUAUGUCCUCAGAAUAUUUCAGUUCCACCUCAACAACCUCGAGUAGAAUUGUCAAACAAUCAAAAUAGAAAUUCCUUAUAUUCAGUUGUAUACCCCGGAUCAGGCAACAAAAUUACAAUCAAGAGGAAAUCAAAAGAUAGUACAAAUAGCCCUAAUAAUAUUAAUAACGUAAACGCUAGUAAACCAAAGGAAUAUAUAGAAAAGGUUGUUUUUAAAAAGCCUUGUUCGAAACCUAAGAAAGGUUGUAGAUGCGGAAAUGCCACUGCCACGCCUGGAAAACUAACUUGUUGUGGACAGAGAUGUCCUUGUUACGUUGAAAGUAAAGCUUGUAUAGACUGUAAAUGUCGGGGUUGUAGGAAUCCCCACAGACCCGACGGGAAUAAGGUCAUGCCAUAUAUACCUGAACUAGAAUCGCCUCAAAAGAUAAUGCCUUCAAUACAGGAUAUUCAGCUUCGACAAUUUCAAAUUUUACAAUCGACUAUUGCACCGAUUCAACCGCCGCCUUCUGUAUUAGAAGAUGAAUCAAUGACAGCAGGCGUUAAGUUGGAAACAUUGCAAUUAGAUACACAGUUUUUUACUUCUGAGUCCUUAAAUAAUCCUUUCAAAAGCUACAAAUUUUUAGGUAGUAGUUUCGAUUCGCUAGCUUCACUAUCCGGUGCAGAGUUACUUGCAUAUGGAAUGCCUGAAGAGGAGGAAGAAUCUGAUAUUACGGUAGUAUGAUUGGUCAAUGUAUAUUAGAUAUUUAGGCUCUCUGCAUCAAUAAUUUUUUAGUAAGAUUAUUCCUUUGUACUUAACUAUAUUGUGAUUAGCGGUUUUAUAAUAUGUGUAUUCUUUUAAUACACAAUUUCAAUUUUAUUAUAGGUCCUAACGUUAAGUCUACAGUGAUCAGUAAUAAAAUAAGUACAAUUAUGAUGAUAAACAAGGUCUGUAAAUUAUAUCUACCACAAGCAAAUGUGUUCACCAUAUUUCAGUGUAGAAUGCUUUUUUUAUUUUUAUUUUUUAGUGUCUUUAUGCCUGUAUUUUUAAUUUUUUACAUUUGAGAAAUAAGUAAACUAGAUUAGUUUUUGGUAAAAAUAACUAAUAUCAGUUUAGAUUUCUUAAAUAUAUGUUUAUGCAUACAGUACAAUAAACAUAACAAAAAUAUUCAACUUUUUAUACCAAAUUCAGGAAAAAACAUUAAAUAUAAAUUGAUAUUAGUAUAUUUUUAAAAUAUAUAUUCACAUGGACUGCUGUAUAAAAAUGGUGACUGAAUUUAGUAUUUUAGGUGUUUUUGGGGUUGCCUCUAUAUCACUUAUUUUAUUUUGAUAGUAAGAAUCAGUAUAUUAUUGUAUCUUCGAAAAUUAUAUAGUUUGUAAAGGCGCCCUUCAAAUGAUUUUUAAAUCUUAUAGAAAACAUACGUUGUUGUAUGUUGUUGUGAUAUUUAAUACAUAAGAUAGAUUAACCACCUAUUUUUUUAAUUGAAACAAAAAACUUAUUUAAACUUUUUUGUCAUGUG